AUGACAGCAGAGAUCAAGACGUCUAUUAUGACCGAAGUGCCUGCAGGUUCAACAGCAGUUUUAAACUGUAAUAGUAAUGACUAUGACCAUAAUUUCAUGUUCUGGCUUGUAAACAAAACAAAAAUAAUUGGCCCUGACAAUGACUUUGAUGUAAAGAAAUAUAAAUAUGAAGUUUUAUCAGGAAAAUUAUGGAUAGAUAAUGUGUCUCCUAGUGAAUCUGGACAUUAUGUAUGCCUGUCAAAACACCUUGAUGGUUCGAAGAUUUCAGCUGGAGAAGUGGAAAUGGUAGUGAAUGAUUCAUCUUUCUCUACGAUAGAUGCACUCAAGCUUGUUGCAAUAGUGGUGUCCAUUAUUGUUUUAAUUGGAUGUGCUAUUAUUUAUUUAAGAUUGAGAAAACAAUGGAAGAGAUAUGAAGGCCGUACUGUGGUACCUGUGGAUGAUACUGAGGAGGAUGAUAAUGACGAAAUAUAUAAUCGCACAACGACUGCAAUAACUCCUGUUCCUGGACCCAGCAGAAAUAUUUCUUCUGAACAUUUAUUGUAUGGAAUAGAAAAUCAAGGAUUAGACACUGAUUUUAAUUCAGUAUUUGAAAAUAUUCAAAUAAAAACUCCAUCACCUAGCCUUAUUUAA